AUGUCGAAUGAAAUGGACGUCUUAUCUUCCGACGGUCGACAGCCCAGCGACGACGAGGAUGAGCUUCCGCUUCCCUUGCCCACGCCUACUAGCACACCCUUGCAACACCCCGACUGUUGCCUUGGACUGUCAACGACGCUCGUAGACACCAUCCUCCACAUCUUUCAAGCACAUACGGAUACCCGACCGGUAGCAAAUCCUCGAGAACUCACAAAGCCCCGUCUUAAAUGCCUAUCAAUAGGUUCCGGCACCGGUCUCUUCGAAGCUCUUCUCACGUCACGCGUAACAGACCAUCACACGUUCGAGCUGGACCUCCGUGGUGUCGAAGUCGCAUCUUCAACCGCGGCGAACAAGUACCUCCCGCACAGACAGCGGUGUGCCGUACAAUCGACGUCGUCCGUCUACGAGGAAGCGUCAGAUUUUGACGUGUGGCUAUUUGUAUACCCUCGAGACCCAAGGCUGGUGUGGAAGUAUCUCGACUGUGCACUCAAGCACGCGGAGAAUCCUGAACUCUUGCUUUUCCUGGGACCCAAGUCGGAUUUUCUACCAAGCGUUGAUACACAGGACGAAUCUCACCAGGAGACGUUCGCCGAUGUACUCGGCUCCGUCUCGGAUCAUCUCGACGAAUGUCAGAAAUUUACGGCUCAAAAUGAGGAAGCUGGCCUGCAACGUCUGCAUUUGAGGUCUCGAUGUUCACCCGACAGUUGCAAGAGCAAGAGCUCCCUUCUCCAUGCUUCUAUUCUCUCGUCUCCUGCUGUCGGGUUUACUUCGUACGAAAUCCUUUGCGUUCUUUGCCGAUGUCAUGGGCAAAGAGAUAAUACAAGUGGACAGUGA